GGUGCUUCGGAGAACAGGUGGACCCCCUCAUUCCCCAGAGCAUCCAAGCUAACCGUGGACCGCUUCUCUCCGGCAGAAGAUGACGCUGAACCUCCCACGGAGAAGCCCCGGGGAUCCCUGCCAGCGACGGGCCAGCACCCCGCUUCCAGCGUCUCACCGGGAGAGGCUGAACCCCGGGAGCAGGAGGACUGAGCUCUGCCACCCCCCGUUGGGACAGUCUUUAUCCUGCGAGCCUGGAGGGCGCCUCCCGGAGCCCUGCAGGAGCUGGCGGUCAGAAUCCUCCAGCUCGGGAGAAUCUGGUGGAUCCCUCUACCACGUGGUGCUGCUCGGCGAUCCCGGGGUGGGGAAGAGCAGUCUGGUGUGCCUCUUUGCUGGGGUGCAAGAAAAGGACUCGCUGGAGCAGCAGAGAGACGACACCUUUGAGCGCACCUUGUCCGUGGAUGGAGAAGAGACCACGCUGGUGGUGAUCGACACCUGGGAAGCCGGAAAGCGGUCGUCGGAAGAAGACCACUGGCUGCACAACCACUGCAUGCAGGUGGGCGAUGCCUACGUGAUCGUCUACUCCAUCACCGACCGGGGCAGCUUCGAGAGCGCCUCGGAGCUCCGCAUCCAGCUUCGGAGGACCCGGCAGGCAGAGAACCUGCCCAUCAUCCUGGUGGGGAACAAGACGGACCUGGUGCGCUCCCGAGAGGUCUCGGUGGAAGGUGG